AGGCUGCGUCGCGCUACGCUCAUUUGGCAGAUGAAAGUGUCCAAACACACAGAAAAACUCCUGGUGAAGCAACUGAGAUCCAUGUUACAUACUUUUAUAAAUAUGGCGUUUAUUAAAGAGGAGAUUGAAGACGUGAAUAUUCAAGAAGUAUUCAGCAUGAAACAAGAAGAUACUGAGGAACAAACAGACCUGAUGCCACUGAAAGAGGAGAGUGAAGUACUGAAUGAAAACAAAGAGAAAGAUCAGUAUGAGAAACAUCAUGAUUUCAUGACUGCCGAAAAUUCUUCUCAGACUGAAAAAACUUCCUCACAAAAAAGAGCUCACAAGACUGAAUCUAACAGUUGUUUCACAUGCUUUAAGUGUGAAAAGAAUUUCAAUCAACAGGAAGACUUUAAAGUCCACAUGAGAAUUCACAAUGGAGAGCCUUAUACCUGCCAAUACUGUGGAAAAGAUUUCCCUAAAAAUGCACCCCUUAAAAGCCACAUGAGAGUUCAUACUGGAGAGAAGCCUUUUACCUGCCAACAGUGUGGUAGAAGUUUUGCUCAAAAAUCAACCCUUACCAGGCACAUGAGAAUUCAUACUGGAGAGAAACCUUACACCUGCAAACUGUGUGGAAAAAGCUUUUCAGCAAAAGUAAACCUUACGUAUCACAUAAGCAGUCACACUGGAGUAAAGCCGUUCACAUGUGAUCAGUGUGGAAAGAGAUUCAGACGUAAGAAUAACCUUGAGACCCACAUGAAAGUUCAUUCAAGAGAGGACUGUUUUAUAUGUCAUGAGUGUGGAAGGAGUUUCCCAGACAUAAAAUGCCUUAACAAGCAUGUAAUAAUUCACUCUGGAGCGAAGCUUUUCAAAUGCCAACAGUGUGAAAAGAGAUUUAGAUUUAAAGUAGGCCUUAAGGUUCACAUGAGAAUUCACACUGGAGAAAAGCCUUACACAUGUCCUCACUGUGGAAAGAGUUUCAGAUUUAAAGAAAGUCUUAAGACUCACAUCAGACUUCACACUGGAGAGAAGCCUUACACAUGUGAUCAGUGUGGAAAGAGUUUCAAAUAUAAAGCAACUUUUAAUUCCCAUAUGAGAAGUCACACUGGAGAGAACCCAUACACAUGCAAACUUUGCGGGAAUAGCUUCUCACAAAAAGGAAUCCUUAAAACUCACAUGAGAAUUCACACCGGUGAGAAACCAUUCAAAUGCGUUCAGUGUGGAAAAUCUUUCACACGUAAAGAAUCUCUUAAUUACCACCUGAGGAUUCACUCAAAAGAGAACUGUUUUAAAUGCCAUCAAUGUGGAAAGAGUUUCCCAGACAGAAAAAACCUUAAGAGGCAUGUAAUAAUUCACACUGGAGAGCAGCCUUUCGCGUGCAAGCACUGUGGAAAGAGGUGCAGAUUUAAAGGCAACCUUAAGAGUCACAUGAGAAUUCACACUGGUGAGAAGCCUGUCAUCUGCCCUCAGUGUGGAAAGAGUUUCACAUUUAAAGGAAACCUUGAAGUUCACAUGAGAGUUCACACUGGAGAAAAGCCUUUUACAUGUCUUCAGUGCAAGAAGAGUUUCACAUAUCAAAAAGAUCUGAAACGUCAUUCACAAAUUCAUUCUGGAAAGAAACUGCAGUGUUCUGAGUAUAGUAAGAGGUUUAGAAAAAGAAGCAAUUUCAAAAACCACCUACGCAUUCACUCUGAAGGAAGGUCAUUUAAUUGUGAUCAGUGUAAUAAAAGGUUUCUUUUCAAUCACACUUACAAAUACACCUAAAAAGUCAUGCAGAUGUGACAUCCUAUAUGUGUUCCUUGUGUGGAAAGAGGUUUAAAUGGCUCAGCAAUUUAAAAUGUCAUCAGAAAAUGCGUGUUUGUGUGAGAUCAAGGCUACGUUCACGCCACAGAUGAAUGUAGGGCAAAUCUGAUUUUCUGCUCAAAUAUUUUUUUGUCAUGCACAUAUGAAUGCUGGACCAUCUCCUUUGCUAUAGCUUCCAAUAUUGAGCAGUUGUGGAAGACUGACUCUAAUUUCAACUGUUUGGAGGGAACACUCAUGUAUUUGAUUCAGUUUAAUACCUUGGAAUCAAAAUAUUAGAUACAUUUCUGUCUUGCUGUGAAAUGGCGCAAUGCAAAUUAAAAUUAUAAAUAAAAGGACAAACUUAGUGGAAUUAUGACAAUUUUACUGCAUUUAUUUAUUUUUGAAAGAGAGCACAGGUAAACGUGUUGUCAAUCUGGUCUUGAAUUUAUCUAUUGUUGGGGUUCACCUGAUAAACUCUAAAAGCUGGUUUCAGCUCUGGGUGUAUCACCACUGAUACUGUCUCACAAAUAGCCACAUUUCCACU